AUAUUUUCAGUGAAAACAGCAAAGAGACUGGAAUCAUACACGUACGACCAAACUGUACACAAGGUAACGUCACGUGGCGUCAUCCAUACAAUGCAGUCCGUCUAGGAUUGAAUCCAUUGACGAAAGGACUCGAGUUCGAAACGUGCGUGAAAAUAAAAGUCGAUUUGCUUUCUGUCAUAGUUUAUAAGGAAAACUCGGGCGAUAUCGAAGGAAUGGAGCAGUUGUUUGUCAUUGAAAGCGGAAAAGAAGCACAUUACUGCAAUACAUCGACUUCUCCUAUUACUUUAUUUAUUGAGCCUGUACGUCCACAGCUAUACACGGGACCCCCUAAGGUCGUCAUCUACUACGAAAGACUCGAAUUACGAAGUGAAAUGGAUCCAAUGAGAGAAUGUCGACCUUGUGAAGAGGAAGAGCUUCAUAAAUUGUACUGCACCAGUGAUUAUAUUUUUCACGGCGUAAUGGGACCCAAAACUACAUCAUCUGAAAUUGAAAUAUAUCUAACGAAAUAUAUAUUUGGAGAUAGAAAUGCCUUUCAUCGUACUUCUAGAAAAGGACCCUUGAAAGCUAUGCUUGUGGUCCCAGAAAAAUGUAAAAUCCAAAGAGGUUCUGGUGAUUUUCUGUUUAUUGCGAGAAAGCGAUUGGACAAAGCACAUUUAACUUGUGCGCCAUAUUUGAGUCACUGGAAAAAAAUCAAGGAAAGAGCUCUUGAAACUGGAGCAAUGCAAUGUGCUUACGAUUGAAAGAUGAAGAAGGAUUGAUGAAAGAAAUUUUGAAGAGCAGCUAAUAACAAGAAAAACAUCGUGGAACAAAA